AUGAAUACUCCAGCAAAAUACUCCAGCAAGUACAUACGGUUCUCCAAUAACACCUCCAAAGUACUCCGUACUCCGUACGUACUAGUAAGACUAAUAAGGUAUCAACUACUACGGAGUAGUUAUCACGCUCCCGUCAUUGAACUAAUCAACCAUCUAGAGGGCAGGCUAUGUCUAGUGCAGGUGAAAGAACUACCAGGGGGUCAUUUCCCACAUGGUCCUGCCAAGGAUGAACGCGCUAGCAACCGGGGAAAGGAUAAUGUUAUGAAAGGAUUAUCAUCAUUGACACCACCGAUCUACCCACCACAGUCUGCAGCCUACCAAGGCAACCUUCGUCUGCAACAUAUUGCUGUUCUCUCUUCUAUUUUGCAUCGCUGUCUUCUUAAUAGAGACUAUGUUCGUGCUGGAAGGGCUUGGGGCUUAAUCCUUCGUGAGGAGUUUCGAGGAAACCCAAUUGAUGUGCGCGUUGAAGGGAGAUGGGGUAUUGGGGCUGAAAUAUUGCUCCGCCGAGAUCGCCAGCUUUCUGAUAUCACCUCAGGGUCUGCGAGGUCUGUCAGAAAUGGCCAAAAAACAGAAGCUUCUAAGCUUUGUUUCACAAGAGAAGGGUUCGAAGCUGCCAAGCAAUACUAUGAGAGACUCAUAAUCCAGUAUCCAUUUCGGAAAACUGCUCCAGACUUCACGAGUUCAUUGCAUUUUUACCCAGCCAUGUUCGGACUUUGGGUUUAUGUUACGCAAGAGGAGAGCAAUGCUGCUCGUCAAGAUAUAUGGAAUCGCCAGGAAGUUGCACCAAAGGAAGACCCGGACGAUGCAGCAUCUGAUCCAGAGAGUUCCGAUGGCUCAAGCCAAGAAACGCAGAGCCUGGUCGCAGACAUCAGGGCAAUUGAGCUACACGAAGCCCAGAAGAUUGCAGCAAGGAUGGAUGAAGUUCUUGUCUCUCCCCCAUAUUCGGAUUCUCCCGAGCUAUUAGAACUUAGAGGCAUGGUUUCCCUUUGGAUCGGCGACCUUUUCAUGUCCUCCUUGGCCCAUCGUGUGGAGGAUAAUGACGGGUUUGAUGACAACGACUUGACCGCGGGAGAAGACUUUCAAAACUCGAUUCAAGCCAGACGAGAGCAGAGACUUGCGGAUGAGAAGAGACAAUCUGAGGUUGAAAAAGCUCAUGAUCUCUUUGAAAAAGCGAAGCAGCGUGGAAAAGGGAUGACCUCGACACUUGAGGACCUACACAUUGACGACAAUGCUUUGUUCGACUAA